CAAUUGUUAAUAUCCAUAUGAUGUCCGUACAUUCAUAUAGUGUUACCGAUAGAUAACGGCUUUUGUUUUUCAAAAACGGCUUGGUAUUAAUUAGUCAAUUUAUUUGUAAAAAAUUUGUAUCAGUGUCAUAAGAAGUAAUUUCCAAAUUCUCUAACUUUGUAUCAAUUUUCUUUCUUCAUUACUAGAUAUUUCGUUUCAUUGUAUUCACUAACACAAAAGAUUUUACCGGUAGUUCUACAUGAAUUAUCAACAUUUCAGACUGCAGAUAGAUAUAUAUAUAUAAUAGAAGUGUAGACAUCUUUACAGUGUCGUGAUUGGUAUAGUAAAUUAUUUUUAUAGCAGCUUAACAUGUCUUCAAAUCCUGCAUACAGGCCGUCCGAAGGAAAACGUGAAGAGUUUAGGAAAUACUUAGAGAAAACAGGUGUCAUAGAGGCCCUUACUAGGGUUCUAGUUUGUCUUUAUGAAGAGGUUGAUAAACCUGAAGACGCGUUACAUUUUAUUCGAAACAAGUUAGCUUCUUUGGCCAGUCUUGAUACACCAGAUGAACUGCAGGAAAAACUAGAGAGUGCAAAUUGUAGAAUUCAAGAACUGGAGGAGCAGUUAGCUGCAAUGGAAAACAGAGGUGAGGAGCAUGAAGGUGAAACUGAAACAUCUCCUCCAGCACCAGAGGGAGAAGUGCCUCCUGCUGAAGCUGAAGCUUAAAAAUGAUGCUAUCUUUUGUUUUUACAAUUCCUUCUUUCUCAACUGAGGCACUUAAUGUUGUACCUACUAACUUAAGUUACUUAUAUUGGCAGAGUUAAAAGUUAAUUUUGUCCAAGUGACACAUGAAGUUCCUUAAUAAGAGGUUAAUCUGUUGUAAGGCAAUUUUACUUAUGUUUUCUUUUUGCUUUCAUUAAAUGUUUGUAUUUGUUCA